AUGUAUAAUUUUCAUUUUGUCGUCAAUCCAAAAGAGAAGCUGAAUUUUUCAAAUCAGAAAGCUUAAAUUCAAAUCCAAAACAUUACCAGAUAUCAUUUGGCAUUUAAAAUCAGAACAACUAACAAUGUAGAUUUUAAAGUGAUUGGAAAUAAAGGCAUCCUCAAUCCAAUGACUACAAAUAUAAUCCAAAUCAUAAGCAAUAAAGAAAAUAUCGCAAAGGCAAAAUUUUAGAUUUAGACAGUGAUUAUCAAUCCUAACGAUAACAUUGACACUGCCUUUUAGAGAGCCAAUUCAGAACAGAUCUAAACGGAGACAUUGAAAACAAAGCCCACCUUUGGAGAAGACACACAUUCAUUAAUAUCGGAUACUUCCUUUUUCAAAUCAACAGCGGCUCCCAAACAAAUUGUUCCUCUUCCUCCUAUUGAUCAGAUUUAGAUUUCUCCAAGUGAAAAGAAGGAUGAAUACUAGCCAACUGUUUUCCAUUUGUUGUUUGUUGGAGCAGCUUGCCUAUUAAUUGGCUACUUUACGCAUAUGUUCAAGAGUGGUGGUAGCAAUUGUUGA